UUGACAUUUCAGUGGCCUUUGUUUAUAGGAAAAUAAAUAGAAAAUAAUUCUAAACCAGUAAAAAAUGCGUUGAAAAGUGAUUUGAGAAUGUUUUUAACAUUAGUUUUGUUUGUGUUACUGUAGUAGUUUACAUAUUUUUCCUGUUUGUGGAGCGUGGAAUUGGUUUGCGUACAUCGCAUUUUGCGUAGGUUUAAAGGUUGGUUUAUAGGGCGAAUAUUUUAGAUGAUGAAGCCGGGGAAGAGCGUGGAUGUGAAGGAGGAGAUAGCAGAAGUGCAUACUAGCGCCCGGUCGCCGUCGCCGAAGCAUAAAAAUGGCAAAACUAAGUCCCGAUCGAGAAGUCGAUCUGGGUCGCGAAGACUAUCCAACGGUCACUCAGCGGGCGGCGACACGGUCGAAACGUCACAAACUACUGAAGAACUGGCUUCAGACAAGUCUAAGGCUAGAGACAGUUGGAUAAAGUCCGAGCAUGAGUCAUUGGAUACAGAACUGCCAAUACAUGAACAAAUUAAGCAGGGUAUAAUAGGUUUUGUUGAGAAGGAAAUUAAGAAAUCGGAUAAGAAUCCGUCGUUUGUUUUCUACUCGCAUGACCCAAAUGGUUUGGACGAGAAGUACAUGAAAACAUUGUCCCGGCCGUCAAGUGGGCACAAAGAGAAGCGCAGUCCAUCUUAUAGGAAGAAGAAGAGACAUUCCUCACGACAUAGAGACAGAGAUUUGCAUGAUUUUGAAAUACCGGGGUCCAGUCUAAGUGCUUUGGAAAAGGUUGACGACUAUUUAAAAGAGUACAACAAAGAUGAAGUUGUCACAUUAAGCGGUGAGCUUGAAAUUGAGGCCAAUGAUGUUGAGAAUAACAAUGGAACCACUAAGGAACUCCGGCAUAAGCCACGAAAAACCAGACGGAAAACUAGAGAGGAACGUCAGGAUAGCAAUGCAAAUGGCAGAGAUAUUAGCCCUAAAGUAUUCAAGACUGGUACUAAAAGUAAGACGGGAAAUAAACCGGCUCGCCCAACAGACCUAACAGCAAUGCUGGAGACCCUAGAAUCCAGUAUGCCAUACCAUGACCAGUACAUAGACAAUCCAUUCUCGUCACCAUCUCCUCUGACGUCACCAAAUGAUGAGAGACUGAAUCCAUUUGGGUCACAAAGACCAGAAAAGAUAUAUCUUCAAGGUGGUGGUACAUUCAGGGCUGUGUCCAGGGAGCGAAUUCUUGAGUCUCAACAGUCAAGAGAUAACGCGGAUAAAUAUCUGAGGCUGGGCGACCUAACUCCUCUAGAUGUGGCAUUGACUCUCCAGAAGGCUUGGAGGUCUUGCGCGCCGGCAUGUCACGGGAUCCUCGGAGGUUUAUCCCUGAUGCACCUCCUGCUUAUCAGCUAUUCCGACAGCUUAGAUGCGGGACACCUGUCCUUCCACGCAGUGGUUACUAUGCCAUACGUGGCUACGUACUAUUUCUUCUGUGUGCUGUGUUUGUUAUCGGUUUUGGAUAGACUGGACGCAACGAGCAUCGAUCUGACCCGUGGUCUGCAGCCGUACUUCCAGCCAAUAGUCCUGGUGAUCCUCUACACCGCUUGUCUUCUCGUCUGUACUGCGGCAAGGAUGUAUGACGAGCUGAUGGUCUACCAAUAUGCCCCACUAGUGGCUAAUAUUACUGGGAAUGUUACUACUCCGACGAUCCCGACAUUCUACCAUACGUGGACGCACUUCUCAAUAUGGCGGGCGGUCCUCUCAAUCCUCGGGUUGGUAUACUUCAUCAUAGCUAACCCGCCGGACCUAGUCUACGCUAACAUCAGUAAACUACUGCAGUUCAAACAUUCCUUGCAAAGCAUCGGAUGAUAGACGUAAGUUAUCUCUUGUCGUAGUACGUAUAUCUCAUUGUAGGCAGUCUUAAAUCAUGAACGUACUAUUAUUUUAUCUUAAGAAUGAUAGUAGAGUGUACGUAAGGUCACGAGUACUAAUAUGUAUACACUUUGAAACUAUGUCACAUUAACUUUGUUGACAAAUUGAACCGUAAGUCUCAUUAAAUGUCAAAUAUGAUACUGCGACAGGGUUCUAAAGUGGGUACAUGAUACUGUUCAUGACUGUACAUGACAAACGAGCCCGCGCGCGGCGCGAAUUAUAUCGAGGGUUUCGACUAAGAAACGCAGCAAAUGCCAUCUACGUCGAUAGAUGUCCAACAGCUAUGGUUGCCGUGCCGCGAGGGCUGGGGACUAAAAAAGCCAAAUGAGGCAAUUAAUCUGUAAUAGCAGCAGGUUAGUUUCCAACUAGUCAAAUCAGUUACUUUUUACUAAACGUCAAAACACGAAAUUACUAUGAAAUUUGUAUGAAAAAGCACACUGUGGCGCCAUAGGAAAACGUUACAAAAUGUCGCACUUAUUACAUUUUUCUUUAUUAAAAUUCAUAAAUAAGUUAAAUAGAAAAAAGAAAACGUUUUUCAUAAUUUAUCUUUGACCUUGAAACUACCCAAUUAUUGCUAUUUGACUUUGGUUGACAUCGCUUACUUUUGUAUGCGCAAAUGUCAAAUUACAAUAUUGCUUUUUAGAUAACACUUCUUGCUUUUUUUUUUGCUUUUUUUGCUUUGAUGUGGCCUUUUUAGACCCCCUGUUUAUGUUAUGUAAACUUUAAGAUUAUGCACCAAAUCGAAUGGAAAAUAAUGAUUAUGCUCUCUCUCUUUUGCAUAUCUUAAGAUGAAAUAUUAUAGUACGUUCAAAUUUGUGAUUGGCUUACUGUGAAGUGUGAAUUAUGAUUAUAUGUGUCUAUAUAAGAUAAUAAUAUGUCUUACCAUAUCUUACUAAAGCAUAGAAUUUUAUUACAAAAAUAUAUUAUAUUAUGCGUAAUAUGUAUAAGCUACAGGAAGUAUGAUAACUUGGCAUAGGUUCUAGGCAUUGACUAAAUAUCACAACUUUUUUAAGUAAAGUCAAGUUGUACGUAUAAGAAAGUAGUCUUAAGUUUUUAUUUCGAUAUCAUAAAAAAGUAGAUUAUAUUUUGUGAAUUGCCUGAAAUCUAUACUGCGUUAUAUAAAAGUAGAAGAGAAAGGAAAUAAUCUUAACUUGUUUCGCUAGUCAUCAAAUACAUAAAAUCCGUUCGAGUGAAUUUGAUACUUUCCGGAAAAGACGUUUUAAACACGCACAUGAACCACGUGUUUAUCGGAAUUAUUCGGAACGGAACUCACUACUACAACACGGCUUUUAUUUACUUUUGUACUUAAGUAAAUGUAGUUGUUACAUGAGCCAUGUUAUGUGCCAUUUGUGGCGCAAUAGCACACCCCAGACACUUCAUACAAACAACCUCGUUUUACACGGACACACAUUGACAUUAUCGUACACGCGCAUCUGUGUGUGUGACGUCUGACGCCAUACGAUUCAAGUCUAAACUAUGUUCGAGGGGGUGAGGUAAACCUAGCUCAGACGCUGGUGGGGAGCCGUUCUAUUCGUAUUAUUAGUCCUUAUUCUAUGUUAAUAGUAAACUCUGACACCACGGUCGGUCAUUGAUCUUACAACCCACACUGCAAAACUUUUUUAAAUUUAUUUUCCAUCGAGGUCUGAAGUUGACUCGAACGGGUUUAGAUGCGUUCACGUUAAGGGUGUUUUCGCACUACAUCCGAGUCCGUCAAAUGACAGAUCCGAAUAGGACUUAGAACUAUUUGUAUGGAAGCUUACACACUACAUUCGAUAACCGUUAUCUCUACGUUUUCUAUUAUCCUUCAUUAUCGGCCUUUGAUCGGAUUCGGAUCGGGUGCAGUGCGAAAACGCCUUAACGCGGUCCUAGGACAAGGUAACAACUCCCUUUUUCUCUUCAUCUUGACAAAAGGCAGCUAAAUUAACGCUUUACUACUACACCAACAGAUGAGGUGUUUUUUUAGGCCCUCUUUAAGAUCUCUUAGCAAGGUUAAGAAGAUUUGAUGUGUAUAUAAAAUACUUUAUGAAUAAUAUUAUCCACGAUCCGGAGGUCCCGGAUUCCUAUCACUAUCCCUAAGUUGGGGUAUUACAGGUUGUCUAAAAGUAAGAUGACCCCAUGGUAUAAGAAAACCAGGGGGGUUAAAAUGGCCACAUCGAAGCAAUUCAUCUAAGAAAGCAAUAUUGCUAUUUGACAUUUGUUUGCAUUGCGCACUUACUUUUAUAUGCGCAAAUGUCAAAUUGCAAUAUUGCUUUCUUAGAUGAAUUGCUUCGAUGUGGCCAUUUUAACCCCCCAGAUAUGCUCAAUCCUAUGACAAGCCGGAAUUGCUUUUUGAUGACGUACGUGUUACCAUUAAAUUGGUAUCUCCAACAUUCCAAGGACGUAAAUUUUAUUACUGAAAAUUAAGAGAAUUACUUGUCACAUGUGUAAAAAUCAUUAAAACUGUAACUCUUUUACUCAAUGUUCAAAAUUUCCUUGCUAAGUAAAUGUAAAACAAUGGUCGUGGGUAAUUAUUUUUUUACGAAAUGGCGACGCAGCUGGUGGGAUGACGUCAGCUGGGCUAACCUUGAAAUGUUAGCUGUCACUUUUGAGCAUACCUGGUCUUCUUACACCAUGGAUGAUCCAUGCUUCGGAAGGCUCGUUAAGCCGCGGUUACCACUUACUAAUGUAAGUACGUAGUCGUUACAUGAGCCAUGUCAGGCGCCUUUGGUGGCUCAAUAAUAACCCUCAACCCACACGAUAGAAGAGAAGAAUACAAUUCAGAUAAUAUUCAAUCACACGUUCAAAUUUCAGCCAGUUAAGUAUACAACAUAAGAUUUAAUUUAAAUAUUCUUCUAGCUUACCACCCAUUAAAUUCCGAAACUGAUUAUUGAUUCGUCCUGUUACUAAUAAACUAUCCUAAAGUGUAAUAAUUUGAUUACGGCAAGUUCGCUUUGGUUCAAGCCUCCCUCUGCCGACUCUACCACUUAGAUCCGCUUAACAAAUCUUUAUUGAAUUAUCUUUAUAACAGUAAAAUAAAAUAUUGUCUAUUCAAUACACAUUCUAGUCAAAAUGACUUUCCAAAGAUAUAUUUCCAAAUAGCUAUAAGUACCUAGAUAUAGUACAUAUCAUAGUCACAAAAUAAAAUAAUAGUAUAUUUAGUUACUCCAUGAUAAUGGUGAUUGGCGAACAAAACUAAACUUUUAUCUAGUUUGACCUGUUUUAAAAAUAGUGCUUUCCUUUACUUACUAUAAGUACAAUGAAGAGAUAGAGAUAGUUUUGGAAAUUAAAAUUAAGUUUAUGUUUGUCAGAAUCGGAAUCAUUAAUUAAUUUAUUGAUAUUAAGUACCUACGAGAUGUUCUACUCGUUAACUCUAUAAUAAUUAUUAAUUAUUAUUGUUAUCAAAAUGUUUGUAAUGGCACUGGUAAUUAUUAUGACUAUUUUUAGUACCUAUUUCAUGUAUGCAGGUUUGUUACUAUUUAUUUAUAACAUAAGCAAACAUAAGAAGCACGGAGAAUCCAGAAACAAAAGCAAGUUACUUAGCCCUUAGUUAUCCAUGGUGACUCAUAGAUUAAAGAGACAUGAGAUGGGGUGUCUAGUUAAUGAGCAGUUUUCCAGUUAGUUCACAUCAUUACACAGAUAUGGCGUUCACAUCCUUUUAGGAUAACUUUGUACGGCACUACGAAUAAAUAAUAACGGCAUGAUAUUUAACGUUCUAAUAUUCAAGGGAAGUUAUCAUGUUAAGAUCACGUUAGAAUCUUGUAAGCACUUUCAAAACUUUAACACUUUUCAU